AUGGCGCGGGUUCCUUUCAUCACAGCGGCGAUGCAACUCACCAUUAUCUUGCUUCUCAGCGACGUCAGCGAGGCCUUCUUUCGCCACCUCUGCCAUGGAGAGGUAGGUAUGGGAAGGAUCGACCCUAUCGUCACACCCAACCAAGUCUCGCAACACGUUCAUGGCAUCCACGGUGCUCAGAACAUGGCGCUCGACGUCACCACCGAAGACCUGCUUGCCUCGAAUUGUACUAGUUGUUCAAUUCGCCAGGACAAGUCUGUCUACUGGGCUCCGUACUUGUACUUCAAGCACUCGAAUGGUACCUUCCAAAUCGUUCCCAAAGUUGGUGGCAUGGUUGUGUACUAUUUCACCGAGAAGCCAGCUGAUCAGCCGGAUUCUGUCAUCGUUGCUUUCCCGCCUGGUUUUCGUAUGAUCGCAGGAAACACCUUCAAGCGCACCAUGUAUGAUGGCGUUGCCAGCCAACAGAAGCCACCCAACCGAAAGACGUGGACGCAGUUUGACAAGGAGCAGCAGGCUCGUGCACAAAUGAUGGUCGGCUUCAACUGCUUGCACUACAGCGCUGGAUGGAACGAGGACGCUCUCACUCGUCCCACCUGGCCAGAUAAGCCCUUUCUUGAUGCAGCCUGCACUGACGGCAUCCGUGCUGAGCUCAUGUUUCCGUCUUGCUGGAAUGGAGAACUCGACUCUCCCAACCAUAUGGAUCAUGUUGCCUAUCCAACCUCCGCCCGUAACGGGCCAUGCCCUCCAGGCUUCGAUAAGCGCUUGCCUGCUAUGUUCUUCGAGACCAUCUACAACACUCCGAUGUUCAGAGGCCUUGAUGGGGAAUUCCUCUUUGCUAACGGCGAUCCUACUGGCAAUGGCUACCACGGAGACUUCAUUAGUGCCUGGGAGGAUGAUGUCCUACAACAAGCUAUUGACAACUCUGCGUGCACCAACGGCCUGAGCAGCGGCGAGCAGUCAGCGUGCCCAGUCUUCGAUAUCAAACCGGAGGAAGAGGUCGUCACAUGCAAGAUGGAGAUCCCGGAGACUAUUCAGGACGAGCGGCUCGACUUCGUGGAUACUCUUCCGGGCAAGGUUGCCGUUGCCAGCGGACCGGAUUGGGCCCCUCUGCCUUCUCAAAUCGCAAACCCCGAGUCCUUUCCUUCCAGCGACGAGUCUCUCAACACAUCUAUUACCACCGUCAGUGGUACGUCUUCUACAGAGGGUGGGCCUGUCGGAAGUGGUACGGCUAUUGCCCCGGCUCCACAGUCGGUAUCUGCAAGCAGCACCGUGGCUGCGUCCGAUCCUACGUCGAUUCCAGCUACUGGACCGUCUGCUUCCUCUUUUACGUUCAUCCAGCCGUCGCCAACCGCUCCGCCAUAUCCCACCAACACCACCUCAGCGAACGAUGCCAUUGCUAUGCCAAUUCCGACGACCCUCGUGUCGACUACCAACUCACACGAGAUGACAACGAUUACCAGCGUUAGUACAGAUGUUUCAGGGGCAGUCGUCGAAUGGGUGAUCCUACACGGGAUCGAGACCACCACGGUCUACGUCGACACUGCCGGUCGAGUCGUCCAGUCUCCUAUUUCAGCCCCUAUUGCGACUGCUCGACCUGUGAAGCGGCACCGCCAUAACCACGUCCGUGCCCGCAUCUAG